AUUCUCAGUUGCUGGAUCCCCCUUCAUACUUAAGAUUCUAGAGAGUGAGAAACCCACCAAUUUGUUACUCACAUUGGGUGUUCAAAAUCUGUCAAACACCUUGAAUUUACGUUCUGCAGCCUGCUUUGUUUAAUUUGCUUCAGAAAGCAUGAAGUUUCAUGUGAUGUUUAUAGUCUUUCUUCUGUUAAGCCUCCAUAACUUUGAAGCUCAAGGUAUGAGGUUGGGAAAGGUCAGUUUAUCGAUUAGCAACCAUCAAGAACUCAUCAAGAUUUCAUCGAUAGGCGGAAGCAAUCAAGAUCAUGAAUUACUAGCAAAAACCGUUGAACUUUCAUCAGGAAUAAAUAGAAAACUUAUGACAAAAAUUGCAUCUUCCGGCACUACCACCACCAUUUCUAAGAAUCACAAGAAUGACGGAAAUAAAAAUGACCCAAAACCGAGGAUCAAAUCCACUCGUGGAUCAGUAAGCGACGAAGAGAAUUUCUUCUUUAAUCUAUCGUCAGAGAAUUCAAAAAACGGAAAGGAUGUUGCCAACGAGCCCUAUCCAAACGAUACAGACAUCACGGGAAUGGAUUAUACUCCGGCUAGGAAGAAGUCUCCGAUACAUAACUAAAUUUACAAUAUAAAUUAAGAAAAAAAUUAUUAAUACACAUACUCAUAUAUAUAUAUAUAUAUAUAUAUGAAGAG